UCUGUGUUUCAUCACAACAACCGACUUCAUUACAUCUUCAUCUUAUUCACAUUACCACUUCGAAUCUCCUACCCUAAUUUUCCCCCAGCAACAAUUCUAGCAGCUUCGCAGACAUGGCUCAAAAACCCAGAUGGGGCGAAUUGGAGGAAGAAGCUGAUGACGGUGACUAUGACUAUUUGUUGCCGCCGAAACAGGUUAUUGGACCCGAUGAACACGGGUUGAAAAAGUUUAUUGAGUACAAACUCAACGACGAAGGUAAUCGGGUUAAGAUUACCACCACCACAUGCGUCCGUAAACUCACUAAUGCUCGGCUGAGCAAGCGCGCCAUGGAGAGGCGUUCUUGGCCUAAGUUCGGUGAUGUCGUUCAAGAGGACGUCGGAGUCAUACUCACCAUGGUUUCUACCGAGGAAAUCAUCUUUGAGCGACCAAGGGCUCCAGGUACAAAAGUUGAAGACUCAAAUGCAGCUGGAGACCCAUUAGCCCAAAUGUCGAAAAGAGGAGAUGUAUUGAUGGUAUGUAGGACAUGUGGGAAGAAGGGAGACCAUUGGACCUCAAAUAGCCUUUACAAGGACUUGGCUCAGCCUACCGAGUCCUCUAAGAACCCAAACCCUUCAAACUCAUCAGCCACGGAUAUGCAGAUUGUGAAUGCGAAGUUUUGUCUUUUAGGUACAAAAGUUGAAGACUCAAAUGCAGCUGGAGACCCAUUAGCCCAAAUGUCGAAAAGAGGAGAUGUAUUGCUGGGUGUUGUGUAUUGGCAACCACCAAAACCUGCUUUAGAAAAGAUGAAAGAGCUUAUGCCAUAUAAUGUCCUGCAGCAUGAAGUUUCUUUGGUUGUUCUUCCUGUGAUACUUAAAGACCAGAUAUUUAAUCUCUUCUUUUUCUUCAAAUAUGAAGCAGAGGGGGUAGUGAUGGCAAUACUUAUGCCUGGGCAUCCAAUUGCUAGACAAGAAGAGGAAAAGUACUUUUCUGCUUUGCUGUUGUACUUACUUUAUUAUUCUAAUAUUGAUGCUGAUGCAUUUGGAUUCGACAGUUUCUUAAAAUUUGCUAAUGUGUUCAAAUUUUUCACAGUGGAUCAACUUACAAAUCAGAAUGAGGCUGCAAAAGAUGCUGGAGCCCUUAGAGAAGCUAAGGACAAACCGGAGAAGUGA